CAGUCCCUUGGGUAACUGUGUUUGCGCCUGCGCACCUAAUGGAACAAGAUGGCGGAGAGUGCGGAACUGAAGCAAAUGGUAAUGAGCCUUCGAGUUUCUGAGCUCCAGGUGUUGUUGGGCUAUGCGGGGCGGAAUAAGCAUGGGCGCAAACACGAACUUUUGACCAAAGCUCUUCACCUACUCAAGGCCGGCUGCAGUCCUGCCGUGCAGAUGAAGAUCAAAGAGCUCUACAGACGGCGUUUUCCGACAAAGAUGGUUUCGCCUGUGGACCUAGCUCUUCCCGGUGUUCAUUCUGCCUCCAGUUUGCCCGCUGGGCUCGCCCCACUAGGAUUUGACAGUCACGGAUCACCUUCACCACUGUUGCCCGUUUCCCUACUUGGACCUAAGCAUGAGAUGAGUCUGCCUCACCUCUCCUCCGCCCUGCACCCUGUGCACCCUGAUGUCAAGCUCCAGAGAUUGCCCUUUUACGAUGUGCUGGAUGAGCUCAUUAAGCCAACCAGCCUAGUUUCAGAUAAUACUCAGCGGUUCCAGGAAGCAUGUUAUGCCUUUGCAUUAACUCCACAGCAAGUUCAACAGAUCAGCAGCUCCAUGGACAUAUCCGGGACCAAAUGUGACUUUGCCGUUCAAGUACAGUUAAGAUUUUGUUUAUCAGAAACAAGUUGUCCACAGGAAGACCAUUUCCCUCCUAAUCUGUGUGUUAAAGUGAAUGGCAAACCUUGUAACCUUCCGGGAUAUCUUCCUCCCACCAAAAAUGGAGUGGAGCCAAAAAGACCCAGUCGUCCAAUCAAUAUCACAUCUCUUGUCCGGCUGUCCACUACUGUCCCCAACACAAUAGUGGUGUCUUGGACUUCUGAAAUUGGGAGGAGCUUCUCCAUGGCUGUGUAUUUGGUAAGACAGCAGUCGUCUGCAGUUUUGCUGCAAAGACUACGGGCCAAAGGAAUCAGGAACCCUGACCACUCGAGAGCUCUGAUCAAGGAGAAACUAACAGCGGAUCCAGAGAGUGAGAUCGCUACCACCAGUCUACGAGUUUCUCUUCUCUGUCCUCUGGGUAAGAUGAGGCUGACUAUACCCUGUCGGUCAGCGACGUGCUCUCACCUUCAGUGCUUUGAUGCUACUUUAUACAUCCAAAUGAACGAGAAGAAGCCGACCUGGGUGUGUCCCGUCUGUGACAAGAAGGCGCCGUAUGAACACCUUAUCAUUGAUGGGUUGUUCAUGGAGAUUUUAAAUAGCUGUUCUGACUGUGAUGAAAUCCAGUUCAAGGAAGAUGGAAGCUGGGCCCCCAUGAGGUCAAAGAAGGAAGUGCAGGAGGUGUCUGCUUCCUACAACGGUGUCGACAGUGAUGUGUCGAGAACAGAAGCGAACGAACAGAAACGACAUCACGACAACAACAAGAAAGUGGAUGUGAUUGAUUUGACACUGGAUAGUUCCUCGGAGGACGAACAAGACGACGAGCCCCCGCCUAAAAGAGUCUGUCCGUCUCUGUCGCCUGUCUCUCCACCUCCAAACAAGGGAGUUUUAAAUCUGCACAACCAAGCUUCCCCUGUAGCUAGAGCUCCCAGUAUGCCCCCCAUGGAGACCAGCUACAUUCCUCCACCGCCGCCUCUUAUCCAGGAUUACCGCCACUAUUAUCACACCAGUGAUUUGCCAGAUUUAAAUUUCUUCUCCUUCCUCCAAGGAGACAAUCAGCAUUAUAACAUGGCAGUGAUGGCUGCAGCCGCCGCCGCGUCAGCCUCCGCCCCAGAAGACCACGAACUCCUCCUGAACCGUUUCCUGCCUUACAGCUCCUCGCAGCUUUUGCGGGAGCAGCCGGGAACGCCGGGGAGCAGCACGCUAGCCGCCACCAACGGAGGGAGCAACAGCGGCAGCACCAGCAGCUUGGUUUCUUCCAGCAGUCUGCGAGAGCGCGACAAAGACAGGGACAGAGACGCCCACAGCAUUUCAGGAUUGUCCAGGUCCUCGGUGGAAGCGGCAGCAGCCGCCGCCGCCAUUUACGGCUCCAUAUCUGACGUUAUCUCUCUUGACUAGAUCCACACAGAACUGACACACAAGGGAGACCUCAAACUUUGUAAAUAUAAAAAAAAGGAGAAGAAAGAAAGAAUACCGUGCUAUGUACAGAGAGGAAAAUCUAUUUUCAUUUUUACUUAUCUUAUGUAUAUAAACUUAGGACACUUCCUGUCCGGUGAGUUACUUCAGUUAAUAUUUUUCUGUGAAUACUGAAGGUUUUUUCCACACCUCUUCAUGUGGUCCCUUGAUUAUAUUGUAGCUUUUGUACCUGGUUUUUACAAUUUUGUUUCAAUAUUUCAUGUCAAUGGCAUUAUUUCAGCGUACAUGCACAGAAGUUCAACCAUAUUAUGAGACAUUAUAAAGCAAACCGGCUAUCCACAGCAACGCAGAAAGAAGUGUGAACACUUCCUACUGUUUUUUUUUUUGUCCCGUCAUCACUGUAGUUUUGUUUCUUAGACCUCCAUCCUAUUGGUUGUUGUUUUUAAGGAUUUAUUUAUGAUAUUAUAACUUAUGUCUGCUAUUUUAAAAGAAGCAUUCCCUAUGCCUCUUCCAACGUCGCCACUAGAAAUAUUCAAUCAAAUGUGAUUUGUUUUUGUGGUUCUAACAGCAUUCUGUUUCCUCGCUUCCUCAAAUCCCACGCGAGUAAUAUUUUAAGUUAUUCGGGCUGAAAUAGAUUUUUGAAUCGGGAAUGUCGGUGUGUGAAUGAAGGGCAACGGUCCCACCAUUGGACCUUUUUAUAUAUAGUAGACGUAUAUCUAUCUCAAAGAGCUGCAAUUGGUUCAUUUGGAAUAUAGCAGUUUCCUUUCUGAAUUAAUCUCCUGGCAUACAAGUGACCAUUUGCCAUGUUUCUGCUCCACUUUCAAGAGAAGGCUAGUGUCUGCUCUUCUUGAAGUUUUAUUUUUAACAAAAAUGGUAUGACUGUUCCGCUAAUGUAGAUGAAUCCUUGCAUUUCAUCUUUUGUUGUAGCACUUGCCUUUUUUUUCUUUCUCUAACAUCAGUGGAGCAGUGAAGUGUUUCCAUCCACAUCUACCUGAAAUCUCAGCGGUUUGAGUUCUAUGCUGUUCUGUAGUGAGGCCACAGUCUGCAUAGCAUGUUCAGUUUGUAUCUGCGACGCCUUUAACAUACCUGUGAUUGCUUAGCCUUGGAGUGAAUCACCUGCAUUUUGGCCAAGAGGUUUAAAAUGAUUGAAUUUAUAAAUGGACGCCUCCUUUCUUUUCUUUUUUUUCUUUCAAACUUGUGCUUACUAUUAGGAUUAUUUAUUAUCAUAUAUAUUUUCAGCAUUUGUUUGAUUUGUGAAUAUGCAUUGCUGUCAUUGUGAUAUUUCUUUUGUAAUUAUAUUAUUAAUGCUAUUUAAAGAUGUCACUGUUGCUCGACAUGCAUUGUAACAUUUUCAGUUUCUGUCUGUUGAAUGAUGUCAGUAACUCAAUAGAAGCUUUGAUCAUUUUAAAACAGC